CUGAGGGUGUGGAGGGGUGGAGCGCGUGGAAGUGGAAAGGCGGGGCCUCGCGGGGCCGCAGCGUCACAUGACGGCGCGGGGCUCGACGCGGGGCUGGUGCUGCUUGCCGCAGGCUCCGGGCAGUCGCCAUGCCUACAACACAGCAGUCACCGCAGGAUGAGCAGGAAAAGCUCUUAGAUGAAGCUAUUCAGGCUGUGAAGGUUCAGUCAUUCCAGAUGAAACGAUGCCUGGACAAAAACAAGCUUAUGGAUGCUUUGAAACAUGCCUCUAACAUGCUUGGUGAACUUCGAACAUCUAUGUUAUCACCAAAGAGCUACUAUGAACUUUAUAUGGCUAUUUCUGAUGAACUGCACUAUUUGGAGGUCUACUUGACAGAUGAAUUUGCUAAAGGAAGGAAAGUGGCAGAUCUCUAUGAACUUGUACAAUACGCUGGAAAUAUUAUCCCAAGACUCUAUCUACUUAUUACAGUGGGAGUUGUUUAUGUCAAGUCAUUUCCUCAGUCCAGAAAAGAUAUUUUGAAAGAUUUGGUAGAGAUGUGCCGUGGUGUACAACAUCCCUUAAGAGGUCUAUUUCUUCGAAAUUACCUUCUUCAAUGUACCAGAAACAUUUUGCCAGAUGAAGGCGAGCCAACAGAUGAAGAAACAACUGGAGACAUCAGUGAUUCUAUGGAUUUUGUACUACUAAACUUUGCAGAAAUGAACAAACUCUGGGUGCGAAUGCAGCAUCAAGGACAUAGCCGGGAUAGAGAGAAACGAGAACGGGAAAGACAGGAACUUAGAAUUCUAGUGGGAACAAAUUUGGUCCGCCUCAGUCAGUUGGAAGGUGUGAACGUGGAACGAUACAAACAGAUUGUUUUGACUGGUAUCUUGGAACAAGUUGUGAAUUGCAGGGAUGCCUUGGCUCAAGAGUAUCUCAUGGAGUGUAUCAUUCAGGUCUUUCCUGAUGAAUUUCAUCUACAGACCCUGAAUCCUUUUCUUCGAGCCUGUGCUGAGUUACACCAAAAUGUAAAUGUGAAAAACAUAAUCAUUGCUUUAAUUGAUAGAUUAGCUUUAUUUGCUCACCGUGAAGAUGGACCUGGAAUCCCAGCAGAUAUUAAACUUUUUGACAUAUUUUCACAGCAAGUGGCUACUGUAAUACAGUCCAGACAAGACAUGCCUUCAGAAGAUGUGGUGUCUUUACAAGUGUCUCUCAUUAACCUUGCUAUGAAGUGCUAUCCAGAUCGUGUGGAUUAUGUUGAUAAAGUGUUAGAAACAACGGUGGAAAUAUUUAAUAAGCUAAAUCUAGAACAUAUUGCAACCAGCAGUGCAGUUUCAAAGGAGCUUACAAGGCUGUUGAAGAUACCUGUUGACACCUAUAACAACAUUUUAACAGUUUUGAAGUUAAAACAUUUUCAUCCCCUUUUUGAGUAUUUUGACUACGAGUCCAGAAAGAGUAUGAGUUGUUAUGUACUUAGUAAUGUCCUGGAUUAUAACACCGAAAUUGUCUCACAAGACCAGGUGGAUGCAAUCAUGAAUCUAGUAUCAACGUUGAUUCAAGACCAACCAGAUCAACCUGUGGAAGACCCGGACCCUGAGGAUUUUGCUGAUGAGCAGAGCCUUGUGGGAAGAUUCAUUCAUCUUCUGCGGUCAGAUGACCCUGAUCAGCAAUUCUUGAUUUUAAACACAGCACGGAAACAUUUUGGAGCCGGUGGGAACCAACGCAUUCGCUUUACGCUCCCUCCCUUGGUAUUUGCAGCCUAUCAACUGGCUUUUCGCUACAAAGAAAAUUCCAAAGUGGAUGAUAAGUGGGAGAAGAAGUGCCAGAAGAUUUUUUCAUUUGCACAUCAGACUAUCAGUGCUUUAAUCAAAGCAGAAUUGGCAGAGCUGCCUCUACGCCUUUUCCUUCAAGGGGCUCUAGCUGCUGGGGAAAUUGGUUUUGAAAAUCAUGAAACAGUGGCAUAUGAGUUUAUGUCCCAGGCAUUUUCUCUGUAUGAAGAUGAAAUCAGUGAUUCUAAAGCCCAGCUGGCUGCUAUCACCUUGAUCAUCGGGACAUUUGAGAGGAUGAAGUGCUUCAGUGAAGAGAACCAUGAGCCCUUAAGGACUCAGUGCGCCUUGGCAGCUUCCAAACUGCUUAAGAAGCCAGACCAGGGCCGGGCUGUGAGCACAUGUGCCCAUCUCUUUUGGUCUGGCAGAAACACAGACAAGAAUGGGGAGGAGCUUCAUGGAGGCAAGAGAGUAAUGGAAUGCCUAAAGAAGGCUCUGAAGAUAGCAAAUCAGUGCAUGGAUCCCUCGCUACAAGUUCAGCUUUUUAUAGAAAUUCUGAACAGAUAUAUCUAUUUUUAUGAAAAGGAAAAUGAUGCGGUGACAAUUCAGGUUUUGAAUCAACUUAUCCAGAAGAUAAGAGAAGACCUUCCAAAUCUUGAGUCCAGUGAAGAAACAGAACAGAUUAACAAACAUUUUCACAACACCCUGGAGCAUUUGCGCUUGAGGAGGGAAUCACCAGAGUCUGAGGGCCCAAUUUAUGAAGGUCUUGUCCUUUAAAGAGAAGAAACACAGACACACUGUACUUUUUUUUCAUUUACAUACAGUAUGUUUUUUUAUUAUGCUAGAUUAUUUCCCUCCCCAUAGAUUGUGCCUUUCAGAAAUGCCAAGUUAGGUUAUCUUUCUCUUAUCUGUGAUAUAUUUUAUUCAGCACCUCCAGACACUCACCUUCAGGACCUUAACAAAUUAAUUCAAUUCACAGGUAUUCAAGUUGGGUCAUCAAAUGUCUGUCUGAUCAUCAGAAAUAGCAUGAUUGAAUUGUUUU